GAGCACCACAAAAAUUCAGACAACACGUUCAAAGGCUUGUUCUUUCACCUUGUGAAAAUGGACAAGGAAAAGAUAGAUAUAAGCGUGAUUCAGCGUUUUAGAUCGGGUGUUUCUGUCGAUAAGAAAAGUAAGAAAAAGGUUCUUGCAAUAUUCAAGUAUUUAACGGGAAAGAGAGCCCUAUAGAAGCUGAGGAGCUCACAGUUCGUCGCGACCAAAACCUCCGAGAAGCACAGCUGAAAGUCAUGUACGAGAUGGUCAAACUCGUAGAAGAUCCGCCGACGUUGGUAAGAAACGACUGCUUUUUCCUCCCUAAGUUUUACUAUUUCCCCUUCUUUUUGAAACUGUUCUUCUUUCUUAUACCAAAAUCGGUCCCGGUCGAUUAGGAUGAGUGCAAAACUGGCUUUAUUGAAUACUGAGCGCGAUCGGACGUUGUCGAUUUCGAGUUUCAGUCUGUUGAUAUUAAAAAUUCACAUCAGAUUGGAAUGCGAAACAUAUCAGAAUGUUAGCGAUAUCAAAUUCUUUUGACGAGAGUUGUUUAACUGACGAAGGUUGAGGGAGAUCGGAGAAAUAUGUGAUCAUGAAAAAAUUUAAAAUAUUGGUCGGGAAGUCGAUCGCUUAUUUGAAAAUCGUCUGAGUUAGGGAUAGUUUCUUUUUUGUUACCUUUAUUUGUGGUUCUGUACAACUGAAAAAAUGUGGAUGAAAUGAACAGAUUAUGAGAAGCUAAACCUUUACAGCAUUUCAUUUAAAUAUCGCAAAACAUUGAAGAAAAAAUUCAAUACAUGUAUUUGUAGAAUAAGCUUAUUGUUGAUGCAUUGCUCUGGUGUGAUUGAUUUCCGUUUUCUUUGUCACAUCUGUUCUAUUUUUCCUUUAUUUUUAUCAGCUUAAUUCAUAUACAGCUACUACUAGCACAAACAAAAGACGUUACAGUAAGAAGCCCAAAAACAAAAAUCCAAAGCCCAAAACAAGCAAUGUUCACAACCGUUCGUUAUAAUUAUUGUAGGCAGUGCACUUUAUGUUUACUUCAGUAGUAUAAAUGGAACACAGUCAACAUACAAUUGCCGGGAUUAAUCAUCCAGGUGCCAUACAGAUCAAAUUGUAGGACCAUUCUUGACUUUUUCAUCAGUUCUUUAAAAAACUGGCCAUUAUCGAGAGGUUACUUUUGCAAGGACUGUCUGCCGGAACAAAAAGAGUGUCCAUAGUAGAGAGGUGGCCAUUGUGUAGAGGUUGCCUUUAUUGGAGGCUUGACUGUAUUACAUUUAUUUUUAAAUCUUUCACAGUACAGUUGACUCGCGAUAACUUGAACCCUCGCUAACUUGAACCAAAAUCGAUUUCCCCUGGAUUUCUGUCAUACAUUUACUACAAUUUUACCCUUGGUAACGCGAACCCUCAAAAACUCAAACCUCCCGCUAACUCGAAGUAGUUUUUGUUUCCUCUUAGAUCAUAUGUACACAAUGUAUAUAAUUUUACCCUUGUUAACUCAAACCAUGUUUUGAGCCCUUAAAAGUUGGGAAGAAACAGUCUACUGGUGCCCCAAACAUUGAAUUUUGAAUUUUCCAUUGACAUGUUGUAGGCAUAUAGUUUACUAUUGAACGCUGAUGUUGAUUGUCACAAGUCUAACAUGAAACAGCUUUACUUCUCGAAACAGUAAAAUGCAUGCUCUAUUUAGGCAAUGUUUUGUUACAUGUAUGUUACGUUCUGAUUUAUAAUCUAGAAGUAUCUUUUAAUUAUCACUUAACAUUUUUGCAAUUAAAUGUGAUUAAAAUGUUCACUAUGCAUUAAAAACUGUUUUUUUUUUCCUAGUACUUUCGGGUAUUUUCUUUGAGGUCCCGAUUACUCAAACUCCAGAUGACUUGAACCUUUUUCAAUUUCCCUUGAAGGUUCGAGUUAUUGGGAGUCGACUUAAUAUUUCCUGACUAAUGGUUGAACUUGUAAUUGGUCUUCUUUUUAUAAUAACAACUGAAGUCACUCUUGAUACCAUUUUCCUUAUUACAUGUACUUUUAAUUUAAUUUGUUAUUUUUCCUUACACAGAAAACUGGAAGUGUUGAGAAGCAGAACAUGUUCAGUGUCUUUUUAAGUACUGAACUUCUGAAUUUUGUGGUCAGGCUUUUGUGGAUUCGUAUUCCCAAUGAGACCUUAGGAACCAAUGAUCAACCAUGGCAUGCCAGUCAUGGAAAGCAACACGGUGGAAGCUCUUAGACUGGACUUCUGUAAUGCCGAUUUUGAUCUCUUCGGACUCUAUCCAGCAGUUUGUGCUUUAAAAACUUUAACCGGUCUGGAACAUGAAACCAGUGACAGAAUCGUCUUCUUAAAUGAAAUAUCAAAAAUUGGAAAGAUUGUGUUAAAAGAUAAUUGCCCAAAAAGGAUUGUCAAGGCUUAUAAAAGUGGAAUAACAAGCAGUAGACCUUAUUAUAAAAAUUAAAAGAGUUUUGGAGGAGCAUAGAGAUCAGUGCUUGCAUAAUUUCAAACGGGCUGAACUUACCAUCCACAGCUGAUCUAGCUGCCACUGGGCAUUUUAUGUUCUUGGAGUUACAAAAUACAGAUGAAUGCAGCUGUUGUCCUUUUAAUGGUAAGCUUAAAGAAAUUUCAGUGUGUUUUUUUAGCAUUUAGAGAAGAUUAUUCUCUGUUUUCACUUACAUAACUCCAUCAAAAGUAAAAUGCAAACCAUUUAAUACAGAAAGUCCAGAAUUUUCUGGGAAAUGAAAGAAGAUGAAUAUACAAAAAGUAUCUCCAAGAAUCAGGUCUCUAGGAUAUGUCAUAUGCAAGAUAUUUGGGAAAAGAUUUUUGCCAAAUUUACAAGGCUUUGUAUGGAGAUGCCAUGUUGGUGUUCCUUUCAGGGGCACAAAUAUGGCCGCCAGAAACCAACAGAAACAUCGAACUUUGAGUUUUUCUGCAAAAAAGAGUUUAAGUAUGAAAGGUUCUGUGAAACUAUAAAAUUCUCCCAAGUGUGGCACUUAGUCUUAAGAGCAGCCUUAAAAUUAAUCAAACUUUUCAAAUAGCUAGCUGCUGGUUACUAAUGACACUGCUAGGGUCACAAAACAACUGAGAAUGAAGGUGCUGCGUUUGCCCUACAAAAGGUUACUAACGUUUGCAUGGUUUGGUUGACCAUGUUAAAAGGCAGUCCCAUCUCCAGUAGGAGACAUAGAGAUAGUGUUCUCAAUUACAAGUUUUGAGCUAAAUACAUUUGCAUUCAAUGUUCAUGUCUUAACAUUUUAGCGACAACGGACAGUAAUAUCUAGAUUUAUUAUUAUUAUUGUGUUUUUUCAGUUGGACAGUUUUACUUCCUCAACGAAAGAGAAUUCACUUGAGACCUGAGGAUGCAUUGUUCUUCUUUGUUAACAAUGUAAUCCCACCUACAAGCGCUACGAUGGGUCAGCUCUACCAGGAACAUCAUGAAGAGGACUUCUUUCUUUACAUAGCGUAUAGUGACGAGAGUGUGUAUGGCACACAGUGAGAACACCCCCUCAAAAUUAAUUAUUAUAAAUAGACUUUUAAAUGUUGAUCCAUGAAGCUGUCCGUCAGAAUUUAUUAACAGCUUGAAGGUCAUAAGUCCGUAAUUGAUAUUAAAUAGCCAAAGUUGAAUAUUGUUACAUUUUGUGGUUUUAUAAUAGUAGGUGAAUGAACAAAGUGUUAUUUCAAAAGUAGGUUCAAACCUUUUGCAGUUUUUUCUGAUGUGUUAUUAACUUGUUAUUAAAAUGUGUGUAAUCUACUGGUAGAUUUUGUUUCUUUCAAAAAAACUUUGUGCAGGGAUCAGAAUUUUGGUGUUGGUAAGGGAAACAGCAACAUUCUUACCAGCAUUAAAAGUAUUGUGAAAACAGUUGACCCAGAGAGUUUUAUCUGUUAUCCUUGUGGCAAACC